GGCAGGGCAGGCCCAGAAAGCAACUCCAGGGGAAUCACGAUUAACGGCCCCCGCCCCCGUCCCCGUCUCUGCUAACGGUUGGAGGAGAAGAAGGCAGGGUGUCUCGCGCAGGAGGGGGCAAUGGGGCGUGUCGACUCGUCUGUGGGCGUGUCGUGGCUCUAGUCGAGGCCAGGCCAAUCUGGCCAAUGCCUCGAGGCGGCCCUGCACGUGAGGUCUCCUCUCCACUCGUCAUGUGCCCGCCAGAGAGGCACGCUGGGGGGAAGGGGAAGCGGCGUGCGCACAGGGGGUGAGGUCGUGGCUCUCGUCCUGUAGUCUGUUGCUCUCUGGAGAGACCUUAGGUCUACCUCGGCUGUGAAAUGACUGUAGUUUCUUUCACCGACUCCCACAUAUUUCUAGGGGAAGGGGAAGCAGUCAUCUUCCCACGAACCUCUUCUAUGAGGCAGGGGAACGGAAACACAAAUUUCCUCAGGGCAUCUCCUUAUUCGCAAUACUUCAGUAGGGUGUUAUUAAGGAACCACUUCAGGAUUGUCAAGUUGUCAGCCUGAAAUAUUUACUGGCAAAUGUCAAGUCUCCUUAACAGGAGAUGAUGAUGAUGAUGAUGAUUUACAUUUAUAUCCUGGUCUUCCUCCAAGGAGCCCAGAGCGGUGUACUACAUACUUGAGUUUCUCUUUCACAACAACCCUGUGAAGUAGGUUAGGCUGAGAGAGAAGUGACUGGCCCAGAGUCACCCAGCUAGUUUCACGGCUGAAUGGGGAUUUGAACUCGGGUCUCCCUGGUCCUAGUCCAGCACUCUAACCACUACACCACGCUGGCUCUAGAUGGCCAAAUCACUAUUUCCAUCACAGUAUAAUUGAUGGCAGAGGUGUCAUUGACUGUCUUCAGAUGAGCAUGGUACCAGACAUCCUUAAAACACUUGGAAGCAGUUGGGGUAAGACCAUUAACAGAGAAUUGGAUAAGGACUCCUCUUUCUCCCCCAUUUUUGCCUCGAACUGCUUCUCCUCAUCACAUUGGCUAGUAGGUUGUUUUUUUUUUUUAAUCCCUCCUCAAAUGGGAGCCAUUUUGAUCAGAUUAUUGUCUGUCCUAGAAAACCCUUCUACAAAAUUGGGUCUGUUUGGACUUGCUUCCCUAUUAAGGGAUACUGGCACAGUGGGAUGAAGAGCAAAUGCCAGUUCCCUGUUAAAUGGGCAAAGAGGCACCUUUCAAAGUGGUGAUUUCCUUUCUGUAAAGCAAGGGGAGAGCAACUGGUUCUUUUCAGUCCCAGCACAGCAUCCCUUCAGAAUCUGUUGCUGCUGUCUACUGUUUUACACUAUGAACCCUUUGGGAACAGGGAAUCUUCUUCUUUGUAGACUGCUCUAUGUUGGAAAGCAGUAUAUAAAAAUACUUCAACAUACCAAGCUGCAAAUGAGGAAAUGGGGGACCUGCUUGGCAAAAAGAUACAGGAGGAGUUGGCAUGCCAGGGCUCAUUCUGACCCUCCUAUGCUUCCCACAUUGCUCUUGGAUGUUCCAGUUAUACUACAUGGGAAGCAAAGCUGGUAUUGGAAGGUCUGUCAUCUACUUGGCCUCCAAAGACAACUCUGUUUUGACAUUCUUCACUAUUAUGGAUAAAGUAAGGUGAAAGAGCAGCACUCAAAAAAUGAGUGAUGUCAAAAGAACAAGUACUAUAUGACCAACUAGCACUACAAGGAUGGGCUGGGAUGUCUUUGUGGGCAUUCCAGCAGGAAGAGGAAGCAGGCCUCUGUAGGCCAUUCUCUAACCUCUUUUGGUGGCCAUUAUAAAUACUUUCUGCUUCUCUUCUUUGGUGAAUUUGAUGAACUGAAUGACUUCUGAUGAACACUGGAAUGACUGUCCAGUGUUGCAAUACGAAUACUUAAGGCUGCAAUCCCAUUCAUGCUUAUUUGGAACUUGGUGAACUCCAUUGUACUUACUUCCAAGUAACUUUGCACAUCUCUGGACUUUUCAGGUCUCGGGGCUUUUAAAAUCUUGAGCAAAAAGGAAUGCACUGAAGAUUUUUCUCUUGUGUUUUGUCAGAAGCUACCUGAUUAAACGAGUCAGCCACUGUGUUCCCUCUAACAGGGAUUCCCGGAUGUUGUUAACUACAACUAUCAGAAUCCCCAGAUGCAGUGGCUUUUGCUUGAGGAUUAUGGGCAUUGUAGUCAACAGCGUCUGGGAAUCCCUGUUAGAGAGAACACUGGUAUGAUACAGCCUUACACUGAAUCAGAUCAUUGGUCUAGCCUGACACUUUAGGAAUAUGCACUGCUGAACUGAGAUGCAUGACAAGAAGCAGUUGGGACAUUACACAUAGUUUUGAUUAAUGGUUAAUAAGCUCUCUGGUGUAUAAUACUGCAAGCCAAAUUCAGCUUAUAAAAUUAUGCCCUUGUACAUUGUCUGGAAAAUACAGUUGGUGCAGAAUGCUGCAGCUAGACUGGUCCCUUCCUGGGACAACUUGAAGGGACCAUAAAACACUGAUUCUGAAAUAACUGCACUGCUGAGAGAAAUACAAAGUGCUGGCUAUUACCUAUAAAGCCCUCAAUGGCUUGGGUCCUUGAGGGUAACAGGUUCUACCUCUGAGCUUCAAUUGAGGGAGAGGAGAGCCUAGCACUUUUACUAGAGCGUAUUGGGGUGGGGCUUAGGUGGUCAUGACAUCAGAAGCCCAUGCUAAGCAUUAUCAGAUUUAGUUGCAACUAUAAAGCACUGAGCUUAGCAGCCUCCAUCUGUGUUUCUGCUGCCACCUCAGAAGACUCUCCUAUAAAUCACGUUCUCCCUCCCCCUUGAUUACCCUUCUGCAAUAUAGAUCAGUAAUCCAAAAACCUUUGGUUUAAGAUAAGAGUUAAGAUGCUUUACACUUUCACUCAUGUCCUAAAAAGAACAGAAAUUGUAAGUUAAGGUGCCCAUCUUAAUUUCUGCACCAUAUAAGCUGUAAAGACUUUUUAGUGUCUGAUACAGGAUGAUGGCUUUAGAAAUGAGGCUCCAUGCACCCACAUUUUGCCUUGAUCAGAGAUGCAUCAGGCAGAAAUUCAUCAGGGGCAUAACUAGGAAGAGAUUAGGGAAACUGCAUCUGUUAAAUGUCUGCCUGGAUAUAUCCCCCCCAGCCCAAUGUCCAACUGAAAACCAAGGCAAAGUGUGGGUGCAUGGUAUCAGUGUUUAAAAGCCCCACAUUCUCCCCUUUCUCUGGCACCAGUGUUGCUGGCUAGCUAGCUUGGCUUCCUAUGUAUGGCUUAGUAGACCUCUUCCCCUCCUUUCUGGAUCAUCUCUAGAGUUAGCAGGGGUAGUAGUGGGUUUUUGGGUUUAGCUGUGAAUUAUAUAUUUCUCCAGUAGCAUUGCUGGGGUCCCACCUCUCUCUAGAACACUCUUUGCCUGAUGCAGCACCUGCACAGUCUUGUCAGGGCCCUUCUUAGCCAACAGGAAGUAUCUCUUGUGAGGAGUAGCUAUAAGAAAUGCAAGGAACAACAGGCCUUAAGACACAACUGCCAUUUAUCAUUACAACAUUAAAGAGGAAGCUCUGCCCUCCACUACUACUUCCCAAACUAUAUGAGCUGAGAAGUAGGGAUGUGCGCGAACUAGUUCGGAGCCCCUUUUACGGAUCCCCGAACCAGUUCUAAGGUCCAGUGGUUUGGUCAGUCUGAAGGCCGGUUUGUGAUGUGCGGACAAGCACCGAGCGCUUCCGGGUACUUCCAAUCCGACGUACACUGGCGGCAAGGAGGUACGCUGCCAUCCCGGGGGACCAAUUUCAAUGACAGCACCAGUGGGGGAAACAUGGUUCUGUGCACACCACUACUGAGGUGUCUAAAACCACAAACCACAGCUCCUCCUAGAAGCCAUUACAUAGCUGUAUCCAUCUUAGACUGCACUGCCAGGCAAAGCACAACCUUCUCCCAUCCACAUUCCCUAUUCUCUCAACCACCCAUUCUCUUGCUGUGCAUUGAAGUGCAGUUUGUUUUGAUAAAAAUGUUCACAAGUGAUGAUGAUGGAUUGAACAAGCCAGAAACAAGCGGGGAUGGGACGAGUAGUCAGCCAAAGAAGAAUAAGAGGAGGAUCGCAAACUUCAACAAGGAGUAGGAAAAGGAUACAAAAUUCAAGAACUAUAGGGGGAAAUGUACAAACAGCCACCAGGUUCCAUUUGUCAAGCACAUUUUCCAAUCCUAGUCAAAAAAGUAGGGUUCUCCCACAAACAUUUUACAACUGUGUCCAGGAACUUUCUUUGACGGACAUGGCAACCAUAGUGCUGCCAGGCUGAGUGGUAAACCAUUUAUUACUCCUACUACUUUGUCAAGUGCCUAAAAUUAGGCACUAUGUGGAGAUUAAAAACAAUACUGCCCUGCCCACAAGCUUACCGUCUAAUUAGGCUGUAAUUUUAGACGGUUUGUGCACUGGGUGACUGAGCAGCCCCAAUCUUGGAGGCAAUGGCCCAUCAGCCCCUGGCCAAACCCAAUCAAUUCCAUUCCACGAAUGUAUUACUGGUACUUCUAGAUACUUUUUUCUGCAUUGGGGAAGGCAGCAAAGUCCAGCGUUUGAAGAGGGAGCGUUGGAAGCCACGUCUCUUUGGCUUAGAUGCAGUUUCUGCCUGUCAAGUGCCUUGUUUUCAGGGAUGUCCCUACAGGAGCUUUGAUUUUUUGGAGGACUGAACCUACAAAAAGAAGUAGGAGGAUGUGCUAGAAACAUUGCAUCUGCCCUGUUGAAACAAUAAGGAAGACACUCCCAUGCAGGUGAUAGCAAUGCACCACACCCUGGAAGUCUGGGAAAGCCAGCCCUUUAUCCCAACAGCAUGGAUAUAAAUCCUUUGAGAGUGUCUGGAACAAUUUGUCUGUGUGGAGCUCAUUCCAACUAAUGUAGCAGAGCCCUGAUCCUGCUGCAACCAAAAGAAUGAAAGUCAGCUUGGGCAGGAUGCCCCUUGGGGUGAAAUUUGCCUUCAUCUUAUUGGUGUCUCUGCUUAUUCCAGGUGUGAUACCCAAGAGCCUUGGAAGCUCUGUUGAGACAUCCACCAGUGCAACAACUUCAUCAAAGGAAGAUUACCUUGAUAAAGAAACUGUCCUUGAGAAACCUGAGCUUGAAUCCAAUGAACCUGAAACAGAUUCCAAUGAAGUGGACUUGACUGCACGUGAUGAUUCCCUGGAUCAUGAUGAAACUACCACACUUGACAAAGAACCCACAAAUUCCCCUCAAGAAGAUGCCAAGAUGACCAAGGAGGAGAGUUCAAGUAACUUGGAAGAGUUCCUAAUGGAUAAUGUAACAGAAGCUAAUACUGCUGAAGGUGAAUACCUAAAUGACCUUGAUGAUGAUGAUGUUGAUGAGGAACUAGCAGCUGAUGCUGCUGAACUUAUGAACUUCAUUGUUAAAAGAGCUGCUGAGGAGGAUGAUAAGGCUGGUAACCCUCAAACUGGUCCAAUAAAUGUGGAUGAGUUUUCAUUUUCUGAUCUUCCCAAACUUCUUGGGCCUUUGGUGAAAGCUUUUUCUGGCUCACCAGAGUCUGAGCCUCCUCCAGAUGAAUUUUUUUCUUGGUUUCCUGCCUUGAAGAAACUUCUGGAUGCCUAUAUGGAUCAGGCUAAUGAAGCUACGUCAACUGAUUUGCCAACAAGCAGUGUUCUGCAACCAGCAAGAAGGUCUGGUUUCCCUACUUCUCCAGAGCCUGCUCUGCAAAUAGUCCCUGCCUCUACUCAGCAAGCUGAAUCUGAGGUCCUGCCUUCCCCAUCUUUCUUGGCAGAGUUGGUCCCACCAGCCAUAUCUGAACCCCCUCCAGCCAGCCAGCCUUCUCUCUCAGACAUCCCAGAUUCUGAAGAGAUGUUUUAUUAAGGGCCAGCCAAUCCAUCUUUACCUAUGGAAAGGGCAAUAGCUCAGGAUCCUCAUUUCAGAUUAUUCCUCAGGAUCAUCUAUGUUCUUAGUCAUUUAAGAAGUAUAAAAAAGUAAGAACAGAUGUUUUUAAAUUAACUUUUUUAUUUUCAGUUUAAUCUUUCAUAUUUCCAAGAGCAGGUUUUUCAGUCUUGCUGCAACUCAUUCUCUGUGUUAAUACAUGUGUGGAGCCUGAAGCAGUAGUCAUGGUUUAAACACAACUAUGCUUAGAUCUUGUAGGAUCUAGAGAAUGAGAGAGAGAGAGAUGGAGGAUAGGAAACAGACUAUCAAUGAUUCUUAAAGUAAGGGGUGGAUUUUAGUGGACUGAUAUGAGGGGCUAAAGACCAGAACCUUUUAGGAUCUAUCAUCAGCAUAAUCACCAGCUUUGGUGACCACCACAGAAGAAUCACUUUGCAGUUAACCUUUUUGGAAUAACAAUGCUUUGUGAAUGUUGGAAUAGUUGGCUUCAUGGUCAAUUGGUCAUUGCUUGCUUCCACAAAGAGGAAAUUUGCCCACAAUAAAGUUACAACAUAUAAAAGUG